AUGCCAUUCAUGUUUGACAAACGAUUAAGUCGAGUCGUGAUGGCGGGCGUUUACAACCAGCGAACCAAUUACGUUGACUUAAACGAUGGUAAUGAUGAAGAUGACGACGACUGUGAUGAUGGUUAUAAAGAUGAUGAAGAUGAUGAUGACUGUAACGAUGGUUAUAAAGAUGAUGAUGAUGACGACGACGAUGAUGACGAAGAUGAUGGCGAAGAUGACGAUGAAGAAGAUGACGAUGACGAAGGAGAUGAUGAAGAUGAUGAUGAAGAAGAUGACGAUGAAGAAGAUAAUGACGAAGGAGAUGAAGAAGACGACGAUGAAGAAGAUGACGAUGACGAAGAUAACGAAGGAGAUGAUGAAGAUGAUGAUGAAGAAGAUGGCGAAGGAGAUGGCACUAAUCAGAUAUAUCAUGCAGUAUAA